CAGUUACACUUAGCUCACUUACCAUAGUACCCUCAGAAUUCAAUUUUCUUACACACAUAACACUUAGAUACCCAAACUACAGUACCGCACAGUGUAUAAUCACAACAUAAAAACCAAUCAACAAAUAUCUCUUCAAGUUUCCCUUUGCUUCUUCCCUCUAUCUUCUAUCUUUCAGCCUUUCUGUCUCUCUCUGUGUGUAGGCUUUCAUUUGAUCAUUUUUUUGUUGGGGCCCCCCGCCUCUACUACCUUUUGUAAAUUCUUAAUACCUUCGAAUCUCAAUGUUUCUUGAUCUGCGUAUCAAGUGUCCCUUCUUUAGAUCAUUGUUUUAGCCUUCAAAAAUCAUUACUUUUGUUCAUUAGCGGGGGAAGAACCGAGUUGGGUUUUGGUGUUUUCUUUUUUAAGUUUUGUUUGCUUUCUUAACAGAUUCAAAGUGAUGGGUCUCUUGUUGAGGAUGCAAAUAAGUUUUUCCCAAAACCAGAAAGAUUCUUUGUCCAUGUGAGUAUUUCUUUCACGGGAUUAUAAAAUUAUGGGUAGAGGUAGAGGAAAGGGAAAAAAGUUGACCGUCAGCAAUCAUGAUGAUCCUGGAAGUGGUGAGGAAGAGAAAAUUCCUGCACAGAAAAGAAGGGGAAGGCCACAAAAACCACUGAAAGAUGAUAUUGAUGAUGAAGAAGUUGAAAAAAUAGGGGAGGAAGAUGGAGAGAAUGGAAAAACAGGCAUUACAAGCACAGAGACAAAAAGUCCAAUAGCAGCAGAAAAUGGAAAGAAGAGGAAACGCUACUCACAGGCAAAGGAGAAACCUGAUUCAGUGAAGGAAGAAAAUGGUGUUGCUACCAGAUCGACUACUGAGGACUCAACUAAAUCUAAUGGAUUUCGACAUAAUGGAAGCAGGCGGAAAAACAAGCCUCGUAGAGCUGCUGAGGCAGGUGUUGAAUGCAAGUGAGGUUGUGGUUGGCUUUUACGAUGGGUCUCUUUUUUUGAAUUUCUGGAUAAAUUGCAAGAUAGUAAAUGAGGCCUAGUAAAUCUUUAGUUUCAGUUUGUUUUUUGUUUUAUUAUUUUGUUGAUCCUUUUGGCAAUUUUCCAUUGUUAACUCCUUUUCAUUUUCAUUGGGAAUUUCCGUACUGAUUUGCAUCCUGUAUUUUUUUAUAUUAAUAUUAUGUUUUUAUAUUAUCACUGA